UCACACUUCCCUCCUCCCUUACUCCUCCCUCUUCAUCCUCCUCCCUCCCCCAGCCCUCCCUCUGCAUUUCCAGUGGAGAACAGAGAGGCAUGCAGCAGUCACUCAGUCACGCAUUUAGUCAAUUUUCUUACCUCUAGCUCACCACUGUGUUGUACCACUCCAAGGAUUCUUUGUAUUAUGCUUCUUCUGUGAGACAUUAUUCUGUAAGAAAGGUUCUUUUUCCUGUUUUUGAAGACGCUGAAAAUCCCGAUUUAUUUAAAAAGGGAUGUUUUCCCCAAGACUUUUUCAAACUGUCUUCCUAUAGUUCAGUCCGUCUUGUAUGAUGAUCCUGUUAUAAUCCCACUUGGGCUGCUAUUGUAUGUGAAUACUAGUGUAGUUAAAACUGGCUUGCUUUUGUGCCUUGGCUGCCAAAUUUUGAAGAAGGGAGCUCUGUAUGAAAUCUGACUUUAGUGGAGCUCAAAAGGGGGAGGAACCUAAGAAGAUGGUUUGACUUGGAAGAGAGGGUCAUCUUCACUUGUGGAGCAGCAUCUUCUCUGUUGCAAAGAAAGAGAGCUCAUCGAAGGAAGGGGAGUCUGAUGCAGGACAGCACCACAAGCAGUGACAGCACUGCCAUGGCAUCAGGACCUCCAGAGGCGAUGGCCAAUCAGGAACCUGCUGAGGUUGUGGAAGAGUGUUCAGGAAAGAAGAAGUCCAAGUUCCAGACAUUUAAAAAAUUCUUUGCCAGGAAGAAGAGAAAGGAGCCGCCAGCCGCAGGAGCAGAUGCCGGUCUUAAGGCCAGCCAAUCAACUGACAAUGUCAGCAAAACAUCUGAAAAUAACACACUCACUAGAUCAGAGAAGGAUAAGGGCUCAGGGUCAAAGAUCAGCCUGGGCAGCAAGGCCUUGUCCCAUGACUCUGUCUUUGUUUCGGACUCUUCUGAGGCCAACGAGGCUUUGGGGGCAUCUCAGGACAGCAUUCAUGGCAAAGUGAAAUCACUCCAGCUCCAGCUGAAGCAGGCCAUCAGAAUUGGCUCUCCUCCAUCCAUCAUGUGUGUGAAGAGAACAGAAGAUGCAGGCACCAUGUCUGAGGAUGAUGGCCUACCCUGCAGCCCACCCGAAUACACGACACAUAACACAGUCAUGAAUCAAACUCAGAGGAACAGCUCUAUCAGUCUGGAGGGAUUGGACAGUGAUGACGACCAGCUGUCCUGUGCUACCUCCAGUAGAGCAAUGAGCCCCCUGGUGGUUCCAGGGGACUUCAGUCAGCCAGCCAGUCCCUUUGGCUGUCUGGAUAACUCUGCUGCCAAACACAAGCUGGGCCUGAGAUAUAAAGCUUGCAACAAGAGGAAACCUAUGAGCAGGGUGGAGAUGAAAGCAGAGGGAGACUCUGUGGUGGAGAACCCAGUGAACACCUCCAUAACAGAAGCUUCAGUGGAGCAGGAGCAACAGAAGACAACAGAAGUUGUAAGUGAUGAUAAGAUGAAACCAAAGGUGGAAGAAGCAGAUGAGGAGGAGAAGGAGGAAGCGGGGGAGGAAGCGGAGGAGGAGGCAGAGGAAGAAGAGGAGGAAGAACAACCGCAGAAUUCCAAAAAAUUCCUGUCGAGAGAUAAUGAGGAGAGGGAGGAGAGAGAGGACGGGUCAGAUUCUGAACAGGAUGUUUCUCACGGCCCGGACACUUCCUGUCUUCCUGAGCUCUGUCUCUCAGAGGAGGAAGCCCUAGACGCCCAGCCCCCGCCCUCCUCCAAACCCAGCUCGAGAGCCUCCUCUCCGGACAGUCUCAGAGCCAGACCAGAGCCCCUUGCUGGUCCGAGAGAGCACUUGCUGGACCCCCCAGGAGUCACUUAUGGAGGAGAGGAGAACAGGGCAGAAAGUGACUUGGAGAUAAGAGGAGAAGAAGAUGGCAUCCAAGAAAACAGAGAGGAGGAGAGCUCCUUCUUACAGGAGGUGCUUAGCUCCUUGAAGACUCCUCUUGUCUCUUGCUCUUUGGGCAUUGAGACUCAGGGUAUUGUCCAGGAGCAGGAGGAGGAGGAGAAGGUGAAGGAAAAGGAACGAGAAUAUGUCGAAGUAGAAGAAGGAGAGGAGGUGAAGGAAGAGGAGGCAGAAGUGGACGAGCCUGUCAGUCACCAGGCUGCUCCUGCUGGCUCCCUCCUGUCAGAUCAGAACAUUGAGAAAGAGGAAGAGGCUGUCGCUUCAAGCACGAGUGCGCCUUCUUGUCAAGAUGUUGAAGAAGAGCAGAGAGUCGAUGAUGAGGAUGCAGAAUCAGCAGUGGAACAGUUCAGUCUACAUGGUCAAAAAGAGGAAGGAGAAGAAGAGGAGGCAGAGGAAGUCGAACCAGAGCAACAAAAUGAUAUACUUACAGUCAACACUGUCAACGAGGCAGAGCAAGAGGGAAGAAGAGGAGGAGGAGGAGAAGAAGAAGAAGAAGAAGAAGAAAGUGAGGGAGAGGAGGCGAUAGAGCUUGAGAAGGAGCCAGAGAUGGACGAGGAGGGUCAAGAGAAGAGGGAGGAGGGCGAUGAACAGAUAGAAGUGGAGCAGACUGAUGCAAAGGAGAGUGUAGAGGAGGCAGUGGAAGUGACUGAAGAAGACAGGGAUGAUGCAGAAGAGAUGACAGAGGUCCCUCCUGGUUCAGCAGGUGAUGGAGGUAAAAUCACUGUGGGGCUGCAGGAGGCAGAUCAGGGUGUAGACAUUGCGGCUGGAGAUGACACCAUGUUAACCCCACAACACACAAAUGAUGAUGAAAUCCCCACAGAGUUGGGUGAUCAGGUGAUUACCUUAGUGCAUGAGAGUCAAGCAGCUUCCAGAGAGAGCUUUGAAGAGGAGAGGGAAGAUGAAGAAGAGACAGAGGAUGGUGUAGAGAUCGACCAUGCAGAACAAGAGGAGGAUGGUGAAACAAACCAACCUGAUACAGAUCAGACUGAGCAAGAUGUGGAGCAAGAAGGCGUAGAAAUAUCCCAUUUAGACAUCAGUCAGCAAGUAGAAAAAGAUCAAACUGAAGCCACCGAGCAAGCUCAUGUUUCUUCCAAGCCUUCUUCUUUGUCUCUACCGGAGUCAUAUGAUGAGACUCCCUUGCAAGAAAGUGGAACCACUACUCCCAGUAAGACCAGCACUACCACUCUCCAUAUAAAUCUAUGCUCUCCAAGCUCAGAGAAAGUCACAUCUUUCUUUCAGCAGUCCCCAACUGCUGCAUAUCCCAAAGAAAGUGAGACACCUCUCCAUGCCGUUGAAGCCACAGAGCAAAAUACAGUCUCCACAGAGCAAAAUACAGUCUCCACAGAGGAAAAACAAGCUGACACUUUGGAAACAGUAAAAGAAGAACAAAAGUCAGCUGUGGAAGAAGCUAAACCUCCUGCUGCUGAAAAUGAAACAAUCAGCCAGCUGCCCAGGGGUUCAGAUCAGAGCAAAGCCCGCUUCACCAUCACCCCCGCCUGGCAAAGAUCACUUUCUGUAGAGGAAGUCAAAGAAAAUUUGACUCCACCCUCCUCCCCGCCUGCCUGUGUCUCCUCUUCAUCAUCCACCGCCACAGCACCUAGAGGUAUGGAGGUUGAGGCUACAACUAAGAAGGAUCCUGAAGUGAAAGCAGAGCCAGCGAGUUCGGCUCAGGUUGAAGUGGUGUUGAGUCCUGGUAGAGUGAGGAAUGCAGGGGCCACAACAGCCAAACCACAAAGCAGUACAACAUCGCCUCCAUCUCCAGUUAAAGCUCAAGCUUCAGCUGCUGCGAGCACAGAAGGCAAGGACUUGUUCAAAGAAAGUGCUGUCAUAGUGGAGGGAAAUCCCGACAAUCCAUUUGGAGUGCGGCUGAGGAAGACAUCAGUUCUUCAUCGCCACAGCUCAGAGGAGGACAGCACAGAGCAUGCCGUCGAGUCACCAGCUCAACCAACCAGCUGUAAAGUUGACUUACCUCAGCCAAUCAGUGUCAAACCCUCCAUAAGUCAGCCAGUCAGCAACAAGCCUGCCCUCCCUAAAAAACCAGACGUACAUGGAGACAGUGCUGUGAAAAACAAGCGCAUCUCAGAGCCAGCUGCAGCUCGUGGGGGUUCUGCUGGAUCUGAUUCUCCCAGCUGGAUCUCUGUGGCCAAACAGAAGCAGAAGAUCUAUAAAGAAAACUCACUGGAGGAGAUAACUGUUAAGAAGGAGGAACAAGAGAAGAAGAGUUCACUGCCAAUGUAUGUCAGCUCAGCUGUGAGCAGGGAGCACAGCAAGAAAACAGCCGAGGCCACCGGCAAAGUCAGUUCAUUGGAGACCAGUAACCCUUCAGUGUCUGCAGAAAAUGAGGCCAGGAGAGCUCUGUCUCCUCCAACUCCAGUACCAUUUCAACCUCCCAAAUCCCAGUCACUCCCCUGCCCUGUCCCUCCAAAACCCCAGGUUCCCCCUGUCUCCACAAAACCCCCACCCCAGAGAUCCUUGUCACCCCCUACUCCCGUCCCUGUUCCCCAAAAAUCUCCCUCUUGCACAAGCUCGACAUCUCUCUCCAAAACUGCCACCUCAUCCAAGACUCCCCAGCCCCACAGCACAACAGUUACUUCCCCUCCUUUUUCAUCAAGAACCACCCCAGAAAAGUCCAGUCCGAGAGCUCUUGGGCUUUCCAGUCAGAUCCCGUCCUCCCAGCGAGGGCUGCCUCCUCCAGCAUUGCCACAGGAUGAGCCGCCUUGGAUGGCCUUGGCCAAGAAGAAGGCCAAAGCCUGGAGUGAGAUGCCUCAGAUUGUCCAGUGAUGGACUCAGUUUGAUCAAGAUCUAGUGAGCAGACUGGCUCAAAAAAGAUCUGAAAGAGGGUUUAAGUGGGCUGAGAGUCUGGAUGGACCAGAAUGCAUUUGCACACAAGGAGUUAAUGUUUUCUGUUGUUUUCUUACUUCCUGGUUUCUAUCCUGGUUUAAGGCUUCAGAUUGGUACAAACCCUCCAAUCAGAGAGAAAGUUGGUUCAGUUUAACUCUUUUUUAAGUCCUCAUGUUGUACAUUGAUGUUUUCUCAGCGACAGGGUAGGAUUUCAAAAGUUAACACGUCUUACUUGAAGUGGAUUCAUAUUUUUUUUUCCAACAGUCUUAGUGUGUUAUAAGGUGCCUGAAUGAAAGAAAAUACCUGUAGUCUCACAGCAGAGGAUAUUAUUUUUUAUCUGAAGUAAUGCAGAUAUUUCCAUUUGAUAACACAAAAUAUUUCAGGGAGGGGAAAAAAAGAGACAUUAUUUUAUAAGGAGGAUCCUUUAUUCACAGAAAGUUGGUUAAAGUAGGGUAAACUAAAUCUGUGUGUGUGUGUGUGUGUGUGUGUGUGUUCAUAGAUACAUGCUUGCAUUUUGAGGAAUGUGGAAAAACAUUGUGACCAUAGCAGAGCAGGAUAGCAUCCAAGUCAAGCCGGAUGAAAGUUUGCUGAACUAACUGUGAUUCUGGUAAAAAAAAUUUGCUGAUCCACAAUUCCUCAGACUGCUCUGUAUCAACUUCUUUAGACAAAUGUAUUUCUUGUAACAUAAUCCACAGACAUUUAACUAAUGAUGUUUGUUGUGUUAUAGAGUGCUGAGUGCGUCCAAUAUGUUCAAAGAUUGUCAAUGUAAAUUAUAUUUUUAAUUUUCUUUUUUUGAUAUUUUGAAUACUUAACGACAGCAUCCUCUAGAAACCUUUUACUCCACAAAGUUAUUUGUUCAGGAAUCAAGAGAAACUAUUGGCACAUUGACUUUCAUGUGUUUUUAAUUUGUUUCAGUGCAUCAAUAUGUUGUCAGCAUGCCAUGGGUUAUUAAACAUUUUCACUGUAACAGAAAUCAAUUUACUGCUAACUAGCCACUUGGAGACUGGUUUGCUGCAAAGCAUCACUGAAAGAAAGGCAAGUUUCACAACAGAAAGUUUCCUUUGUAUCAAUUAAAUCUAUCUAGCUCACAGUAACUAUAUGUUUUAUGCAUUUUGUUUAAUUUUGUAUUGCCUUUUGAGAAUUUGUCUUGUACAUAAAAUGUGCAGUAAAGAAGAAAUUAAAUAUUUUUUUUUCUUUUCUGCGUUCAAUUGCGGUCUGUAUGUCUGUGCACAGUUUCUGCAGUGGAACUCUAAAAGAAAUGUAUUUUUCUUACAGUCUUUUGGGUUAAAAUGUCUUUAAUGCUCAAUAAAUCACUGCUUAGGACACUGAGAUGAAAAUAUCAA